AUGGAACAACAUUUGAAGCUUUCCAAUGAAGAUGGACCUCUACUUCCUGAUCCUAGCAUUUAUCAUCGUCUUGUUGGUCGUCUCAUUUACUUGACCAUCAUUCAACCUGACAUUGUUUAUGCCGUCAACAUUCUUAGUCAGUUUAUGCAUGCUCCUCGUGUUCCCCAUAUGAAUGCUGCUACGCGUGUUCUCCGCUACAUCAAAGGGAGCCCCAGCCAAGGCAUUUUCUUCUCCUCUUCCAGUACCACUCAGGUUACAGCUUAUACUGAUUCUGAUUGGGCCAGUUGCCCAACCACCCGUCGCUCCACCACAGGCUAUUUCAUCUAG